AUGGUUUCGGCCUUUGAGGACCUGGGUUUGAUCCGUAAGGCCGAGAUCUUUCCAUUUCUGAAGAGGGCUUCUGGUGGUUUCAGUUUUGAACCCGUUGAGCCUGAGGGAUAUAUAUGUUUGGAUUCAUAUGUGAUUACAAAAGACGCGGCGCCUAUUGGCCAGAAGACAGUAGAGAUGCCUCCUUCCCCGGCAUUGAGAUGCUCUCCUGGCAGGGAACUUCCAGGGAAGAAACACAGACGAGGACACAGCAUUGAGUAUGGGAUACUAUUCAGGGACAACGACGAAGAUCUUGCGUUGUUUAAUGAGAUGCAAGACAAAGAGAGAGAUGGUUUCUUGCUUCAGUCAUCGGAUGAUCUUGAAGAUGCAUUUUCUACAAAGUUGAAGCACUUUUCGGAGUUCACCAUUCCUGUUCAAGGAGAGAGUAGCAGAUUGCUGAGUGCAGAAGGAGAUAAGAACGACUAUGAUUGGUUGCUGACGCCUCCAGACACUCCACUUUUUCCUUCAUUGGAUGACGAACCGCCAGCAGCAACUGUUGUCAGAAGAGGGAGACCGCAGAGUCAGAUUUCAUUAUCUAGAUCUUCCACGAUGGAGAAGAGACGCCGUAGUAGUAAGGGUAGUGCAAGUCCUAAUCGCUUAAGCACAUCACCUCGAGCGGACAAUAUGCAGCAGAUAAGGGGACGGCCAUCAUCAGCACGCCAUCCUAGUCCCGCGUCUGGUCAACGAUCGGUUACCCCAGUUAGGAGGAUUUCUCCUACUCCAGGGAAACCCUCAGGACCUGUGUCAAGAUCUUCGACCCCAACUUCACGAAGGAUGAGCACUGGUUCAACUACCAUGGCGUCGCCAGCUGUCAGAGGCACUUCUCCUGUCAGUUCUAGUCGAGGCAACUCUGCUUCACCCAAAAUAAAAGUGUGGCAGUCAAACAUUCCUGGUUUCUCCUUGGAUGCGCCACCAAAUCUCCGAACUUCUUUGGGUGAUCGACCGGCGUCCUACGUAAGAGGUUCCUCACCAGCAUCCAGAAAUGGCAGGGAUGCAGGCUCAACACGCAGCAGACAAUCUGUUUCGCCGAGUGCUUCCAGAAGUGUCAGUUCAUCUCACAGUCAUGAGCGUGACCGGUUUAGCUCUCAUAGUAAAGGCUCUGUAGCAUCAUCUGGAGAUGAUGAUCAUCAUUCUAUACAGUCUAUUCCCGUAGGUGUCUCAGAACGUGCAGUUUCAAAGAGAGCUAGCCUUUCUCCAAAUAGUAGAACUUCUAGAUCUUCAAAAUUACAGUCACCUGGUUCAGCACCGAGAAGACCGUUUGAGUCUGCUCUUCGUCAAUUGGAUCAUCCUAAAAGCCAUCAUAGCAUGUUUAGGCCUCUUGCUUCUAGCCUUCCUAGCACAGGCAUAUAUUCUGGGAAAGGUAGUUCGUCUUACCAUCACAUUAUGUUAAGACAUUCUUCUGCAACGGUGGGGAGCAAUUCAAGUUCUAGCCAAGUCACAGGGUUCAUGGCAGAUACUAAAGGGAGCGAUCCAAGCCCUGUUUUCCAAUCUGAAGUUGAAAAUUUGGCUUACCCUGAUAAACAUGGAGAAGUUACUGCCUUUGGCAUGGUGGAUUUAUUGAAUGAAGGUAGUAGACAUGAGAGUUCUUUCAGUGAUCAUCCUGGUGAUAUGGAUCAAGGUUAUGCUGUUGAAUGCGAGUCUAGUGUGAAUGAGGAGAUCAACCACCAUGUUUCUGAUGGUGAAAAUAGUCCGACUCAUGCUAGUCUUCAUGUAGGCAAUGACUUUAUAGAAGGGGUCGCUCUUGAAACUACGGAGUUGUGUGUUAGAUGUGGUUCCCACUAUCGUGCCACUGAAGCAGCUAGAAGCGAGAUAAAUAUUUGUCCAGAUUGCAGGGAGGAACACAAUUUCGUGGAAACAGAUUCCCCUGGAACACCAAAAGCUCUUGACAAUUCCCCGAAGCAGUCUCAGGAAAUUUUCGAUGAAAAGGAGUCCUUUGUUGACCAAAUUCCCGCGAUAAAUGUUCUAGAAUCGCUGCCUGUUGCUUCGGAGGCAGAUAUAGUGGAGACGCGAGAGAACAUUGAGCAAGAGCAAAACCAUCUGCACGAGAGCUCUAUUUCCAGGGAUUUGGAAGAGCAAGCUGGGGAGACAUUCAUUCACCAGGAUGAUAUUCAGUCUUCCACUGGCUGUGGUCUAUUGAGUACAGACACAAAGGAUACCCAAACUCAGCUUUCUGAUACGCACAAUGAUGUGAAGAUUAGUUCUUCAGAAAUUAGGGGCGUUCCUUUGCUUAUAAAGAGAUCGGUCAGUAUGAAGUCACCUUUCAUGCAAGCUAAUAACUCCAGUGGGUUUACCAGAUCAUAUGAGGGCUUUUCUUAUUUAAGAGAUAAAAGUACGAGUCUUAGAAGCUCCACGGAAACUACUUCAGCAUCUUCGUCUUGGGAUUAUGGUUCCUCUAUAAGAAAGGGAAGCCAUGUACGACAUCAAAGCGGGAGUACCCUUGACAUGGAAACUCAUAGGUAUGAUACCAACUCCAAGUCCCUGAGCAGCAUGUCGUCUUCAUCAGGCGUGUCAAGCCACAUCUGCCAGGCUCUAAAUGUCAUGCCAGCGGACAGUUUUGAAGUGUGUGCUGCCCAAAUGACAUGUACACACGAUGAAAGUCAUCAAGAAUUUCAUCCUGAGCUCCAAGAUUCGGAAUGUAAAGAAAGCAAUGUGAUGAAUGCUGAUUUGGGUGAAAGUGAUGGACCAAUUGGUCUUUCCUCCGAUGUAGUUGGUGCUCUAGCAGAGCAUAAUCCGGUGAUAAUAGACAAUGGAUUUUGUGAAAAUGGAGAUGAUGUAGCCAAUACUGUGAUGAGCAAAGUGGAGAUAAGCGAAUCUCCGGCACAUGUAAGGAGCACAUCAGAAUUAGGCGCAUCACCUGUCACUGAUGAUUGCUCUCUCUAUGAUCACUCUAGGCUACAAGAAGAGGAUGGAAACGAAACUCUUAACCACGGUUUAUCUACCACGACAGCCUCAGAAAUAGAACCCGAGAGUUGUGAACACGAAACACCUGCUUUAGGGGUUCAUGAUGAAAUUCCAGAGUCAGAGUGCAACCUAAAUGCAGUGGAUGACUGCUCAGAGAGUAGUAUGGCACAUGCUUCUAUGGAUCACCACAACUCCUUGGCAACUGUAAACGAAAUUUUAGAUGAGUCAACCGUAAUUGUGGAGUGUCCAGAUAGAAAAGAGCCGAAGAGCCUCACACUUGAAGAAGCCACUGAUACAAUUCUAUUCUGCAGCUCCAUUGUUCAUGAUCUAGUUUACCAGGCUGCGACAAUAGCAAUGGAUAAAGCAAAGGAUGUGCCAGCGGAAGAAGAAAUGUUGCGUCCAACAGUGACAGUACUUGGAAAGUCGAAUGCGAACAGGAGUAGUUACGGACGCGGGGGCGGAACAAAGGCGAAGAAACAGAGUUCGAAAUCCGCAAGAGCGAGCCGGAAGCAAACGGAAACAGAGGAGAAAGCAGAAGUGCAUAUAGAGAACGAUGAAAAUGCAGGUGAAGCAGCGAUGAUACGUAACGUUGGAGUACCUCCUAGUAAAGGAGAGAAUUUGAAACCGCCUCCUAAGCUGGAGAACAAAUGCAACUGCUCCAUAAUUGAUUCAGGAUUCUCAAUUUGGAAAUUGACAAAAGUGUUUCAGACGGGAAACGAAGAACGCUGGCGGGAAAACGAGGAAGAGCGUAAAAUUUCAAUGGAUUCCGAUUCAGACUCUGACGGUUCUCAUGUCUCCGCCACCCCUCCCCGAGACCCAUUUCCGCCACCGCCGCCGAGGCUAGUGCCGCAGCCACCGCCGCCAAGGCAAGUGCCGCCGGUCUCCCGGAAAGUUGCGUCCUCUUCCUCUCGAUCGAAGCCCAAAUCACCUGUACAGCCGCAGCCUCCGGAUCACUCUCAGGAAGCUUCAGGACCAUCUCCCUCUUCUCCGCCACCAUCAUUAUUCACCAAUCUCCCCUUCCGGAUCUGCGAACCCUCGAACCUAUCCCAACCCGCUGGGUUUUCCUCUUCUGCUUCGUCCUUCUAUCGACUCCGCAGAGCUUCUCUCACAUCUGAAGAGAAAUCGAAACCGGAAUGCCAAUCCGACGCCGUCAAUUGUGUGCCGGAGCUCCCUCAGGUAGUAAUCGCUCCUCCAAAACCCGUUAGGAGAAAGCCUCCUAAUCUCAUCACGGAUUCUGUAACUUCUCCGCCGGUGAAAGCUCCGGUGGUGUUUCGUAGUGGCGGCGAGGGCAAUUUCGUGAAAUUGAACUUAAAUGGCAAGAGAGGGAAGAAGUUCCCCAGCAAAUACAAGGGCCCCUCUAAAAGAAGCAAGUUCGCAUACAGAGGGAAGAGAUACAAAAAGUCGGAAGGGGAUGGUGAAGAAGGCGAAUCCUUGUUGGAAGAAGAGUCUGAUUUGCAGAAACAGAGAGAAGAAGAAGCUAAUGGUUUCAUCAGCUCGGUAGAGGAUGCGGUUCUUUCAGUGAAGACUGAGGCUUCCGAUGAGAAUCUGACGAAGCUGUUGAAUUUAGUGUAUGGUUAUGAUUCUUUUCGAGAUGGGCAGUUGCAGGCGAUCAAGAUGGUCCUUGCCGGGAGUUCAACGAUGCUGGUGUUGCCUACCGGUGCCGGUAAGUCUCUCUGCUACCAGAUUCCGGCAAUGAUUCUUCCGGGAAUCACACUUGUAGUGAGUCCUUUGGUUUCUCUGAUGAUCGAUCAGUUGAAGCAUUUGCCUUCAAUUAUCAAGGGUGGUCUCUUGAGCAGUAGCCAGAGACCUGAGGAAGCAACAGAAACACUGCGGAAACUUAAAGAAGGCUUAAUAAAGGUUCUCUUUGUAUCGCCUGAGAGACUUCUGAAUGUAGAGUUUUUGUCAAUGUUUCGCAUGUCUUUAUCUGUGUCACUUGUCGUUGUGGAUGAGGCACACUGCGUGUCAGAAUGGUCUCAUAACUUCCGCCCUUCAUACAUGAGGCUCAAGGCAUCAAUGCUGUAUGCUGCACUCAAGGCAGAUUGCAUUCUCGCAAUGACUGCAACCGCCACUACUAUGACUCUUCAGGCUGUCAUGUCUGCACUAGAGAUACCGUCAUCCAAUCUUAUCCAGAAGUCACAACUGAGAGACAAUUUUGAGCUAUUGAAAGAUCUAUUGAGUUUGAUGGAGUCUCAUCCAUAUAAGAAGAUUCGGAGCAUCAUUGUGUACUGCAAAUUUCAGUAUGAGACUGACAAGAUAAGCAAGUAUUUACGCGACAACAACAUCAAUGCCAAGGGUUAUCACAGUGGUCUUCCAGCGAAAGACCGUGUUCGCAUACAGGAGUCAUUUUGUUCCAACAAGAUUAAAGUGGUUGUUGCAACUGUGGCAUUUGGCAUGGGACUUGACAAGGGAGAUGUUGGAGCUGUCAUCCACUUCAGCGUGCCAGGCAGUUUGGAGGAAUACGUUCAGGAAAUUGGACGUGCUGGUCGUGAUGGGCGGUUGUCCUACUGCCAUCUCUUUUAUGAUGAGUACACAUAUCUAAAGCUUCGGAGUCUUGCACACAGUGAUGGUGUCGAUGAAUAUGCAGUUGGAAAAUUUCUCACCCAUGUGUUCUCCUCUGAGACAAAGCAACAUGAGAAGAUAUGCUCGUUAGUCAUUGAAUCUGCCUCUCAAAAAUUUGACAUGAAGGAAGAGGUUAUGCAAACGAUUGUGACACAUUUGGAGUUGGGGGAAGUGCAAUACCUACGUAUGCUUCCUCAGCUUAACGUAUGCUGCACUCUGAAUUUCCACAAGUCUUCUCCAAACACUCUGGCUGCACGAAAUAUCAUAGUUGCAGCAAUUCUGAAGAAGUCUCACGUGAAGCAAGGGUUACAUGUCUUCGAUAUACCAGCGGUGGCCUCUAGCAUAGGUGUUGCAACAACAGAUGUCUUGACUGAGAUUCAAACUCUGAAGAUGAAGGGAGAAGUAACAUACGAGAUGAAGGACCCUGCCUUUUGUUACACAAUCUUAGAAUCUCCAAAGGAAAUAUGUUCGUUGUCCAGUCAUCUUACCAAAUGGCUCGCAGAGGUUGAAACUUGCAAAGUGAGAAAACUAGAUAUUAUGUCUAGUGCAGCCGUGGCUGCGAUAAAUGUCUCCAAUACUUCAGAAGUUAGUUCUGGUGCCAAGCAAACUCAGAGCCUGCAAAGCAGAAUUUUGGAUUACUUCAAUGGAGACGACAAGUGUGACAUGCCGAGCAAGACGACUCAAAACUGCUCCUUUCUACGAGCAGAUAUAAAGGUGUUUUUGCAGAGUAAUCGCCAGGCCAAAUUCACGCCGAGAGCCAUAGCGAGAAUAAUGCACGGAGUUGGAAGUCCAGCUUUUCCGAAUUCAAUAUGGUCCAAGACUCAUUUCUGGGGAAGGUAUAUGAGCGUAGACUUCCGAGUGAUAAUGGAAGCGGCACAAACGGAGCUACUCAGUUUUGUUGACAGAAAUGCAGCUUUAGCUACAUAGAGUGUGGGCAUGAACACACCUACUUGAUGAACAAGUAUGGCGAGUCUAAAUGGAUCACCCUUAACCACUGUCGCUGAGCCACCACCGUAAGACGGGUAAGGAGCGAACAUGACAGGUCUCGGUGGCUGUAUCGGUACAUAACACUUUCGCAUACGUCUCUUCAUCAUAAGCUCGUGUUCCACUUCCUUGACAGCAAUGUAGCCACGCUUCAUCAUAAGCUCGUGUUCCACUUCCUUGACAGCGAGGUAGCCACGCUCCAUCAUCAGCUCGUGUUCCACUUCCUUGACGGCGAGGUAGCCACGCUCUCGAUCCAGUUGAAACUGGUCGCGCUUUCUCUUUUGGUCCCGAGCUAUUCUGGUAGACAUGAUGGUGAACACUCGAGCUGUGAGGUCACUGUCGGAACCAGCGUGAUGUGCUUCUCCGGCACGCUUGAUCUGAAGCUCGUCGGCUAUUCUCUGCAGCCCGAAACGGCUAUUCAGUCCUUCGCACAGUCCAGCCAUCUGCUUCACAUCGUAAGUUUGCCCAAGAAGUCUCUGAACCGUUUGGUCGAAAUCUUUACGAGUCUCCGGCAUAGGUUUUCCUCCGGUCAGGCCUUGAAGUAGAUAAGCCAAGUCGUAUGAGCCGUCGAAGGUGACCCAAGCCACGCGCUUAUCCUCCUCUUUCAGAAUCUGAGUAAAUUCUCCGAAGAAGUCACUGAUCGCGAUUCCUUCCUCUCUGAUUCUCUUCAAAUCAAGACCGUUCCGCCUAAGAAAGUCGAGCGAUUUCUCGUUCUUCGCGUCUUUUGUUCCGUCGAAGUCCGAGAAAUUGACUUCCCAGGUACCGCGGGUUCUUCCGACCUUGUCGAAUAGCGUGAAACCCAACUGAAUUGGUUUGGUUCCGUCGACGUUAAACCUCAUGUUUCCAUACCGCGUUUCAUCGCUCGCCCCCAUCGCCGUCUCUAUCAGACAUCCCGGAAAUUCAGUAUCGAUCGCUACGAAACUCGAAGAUUUUAUGGUUUUUCUUAUUUUAACCAUCUCCUGCGUUUUGUUGUAAGAGAAUAUCUGAUUGAAAUUUUUCAUCAUUUUUUUUGUUCUGAGAAACAACAAAGCAUAGGAAACAUGUUAUAUAGACGUUAGUUUAGGGUUUUCCAUUUUUCAAAUAACAAAAGUUUCCUUUUUU